AUGUCUGAAAAACCUUUUGAAAGUCCAGAUGAAUCUAUGGACGAGAAUUUAGACGCUCCAGCUUCCUUAGAAGAGUGCCUCUCGAAGGCAAGUACCUUCAAAUCAGCUGGAAAUGAAUUCUACAAACUUUCCAAAUUCAAAGAAGCUUCUGAAUCUUACAAUGAUGGUAUUACUUGGAUAAAGAAGAUGAAUAAUAUUGAACCUCAUAAGGAAUUAUUAAGUGUUCUUUAUAGUAAUUUGUGUGCCAGUUACCUUGAGCUUUUUGAGUAUGGGAAGGCUAGAGAAUCUGCCAACGAAGCUAUAACAAAUAAUAAAAAUAACGUCAAAGCUUAUUAUCGUAGAGCUCAAGCAUUGUUUAAUAUUGGAUCUUUUGAAGAAGCUCUUUCUGACUGUAACCAUCUUCUUGAAAUUGAUAAAUCUGAUCCGAACGUCAAUAAUCUUCUUCGAAAGAUUAAUCUUAAAUUAAAACAAGCCAAUCAACAACAGAAAAAGGCGUUUGGAGGAUUAUUUGAUAAAGUUGGUGGAUUAUAUGAUGAUAGGCAAUUGGAAAUGCAAAAUAAAAAACAAACCAAAUAUGAAGAAUACGUUAAAACACAAGAAGGUGAAGAGAAAAUGGAUUAUGAAUCAUGGGAAAAGUAUGAACAGGAACAAGAGGCUAAAAAGGAAUUAGAACGUAGUAAAAAAGCCAAAGAAGAAGGUUCUAAGAAAGUAGAUGAAACGCCUGAUUUGGAUGAAGAAGAUGAAAGAAUCAUUAAUGAAACAAAGAAAAUGGGCUAUUGUUAUUUCGGGAAAAAGAAAGAUGAUAUCAAUACCAAUUUACAAUCAAAUCAUACCAUUACUCCACAACCAGUCAAUACCAAUUCUAACAUGGAACAAUCGAAAAGAUCAAUAUCAUCAUGGAAUUCACAAGAUAUGACACAAUGGUGUAAAAAAACACUUGAACAUUAUCUUCUACAAUCAAAUUACCAAAAUGAACCAAAAUCACAAGAUAAUUCACAAAAUAUCUUACAAAUGUUCAAUGAAAUAAAUUUGGAUUUGGAUGGAAAUGGAUUAGCAAAGUUACAGAAGCUUGCAGGGAUGAUAUAUAAGAGUAGUGUAAAACCUUCAUCAGUUGAAGCACUGGAAGGUGAUGCACAAAUAGCAUUUAUUAGGGGAACGAGACGUUACCUCUUCGAUUUCAGCUGUAACAUUAAUCUGGACAUAGAAAUCGACACCGACUUUGAAAAAGAAGUAAAAACACAACUCUCCAAAUACCAAGGAGUAUUGGUAUUGAAGGAAAUAUCAAGUGAACGUGAAAGUGGAAAGACUUGGACAGAUUAUAUGAGUGUAAAGUACAAGUCAAACUUGAAACCAGAACAUCAAGAACUUGUGAAGGAUAUGCUCAACAAGUUCAAAGAAAAUGUUUCUCAAAAAAUUGAUCAAUUUCUAACACAUUAUCAAACGCAGUAA